UUCUCAAUUCUGGCAGACCCCUCCAAAAGUCUGCCUCUUCUCAAUUCUCAUCAUUUCUCAUUUCUGAGAAGCAAACAAAGCUUGAGACAAAAGAAAGAGAGAGAGGGACAGAGGGACAGAGACAGAAGAGAAGCAAGCUUGGUUAUUAGAAAAUGUCGGACAGUGAGGAGCACCACUUUGAGUCCAAGGCUGACGCUGGAGCCUCAAAGACUUACCCUCAGCAAGCUGGUACCAUUCGCAAGAAUGGCUAUAUUGUCAUCAAGAACAGGCCUUGCAAGGUUGUUGAAGUUUCCACUUCAAAAACAGGAAAGCAUGGACAUGCAAAGUGUCACUUUGUUGGAAUCGACAUAUUUAAUGGGAAGAAGCUUGAAGAUAUUGUUCCUUCAUCCCACAACUGUGAUGUUCCUCAUGUUAAUCGUACUGACUACCAGUUGAUUGAUAUCUCUGAAGAUGGUUUUGUGAGUCUUCUAACUGAGAAUGGAAACACCAAGGAUGAUCUGAGGCUUCCCACUGAUGACAGUCUGCUUAGCCAGAUUAAAGAUGGGUUUGCUGAUGGAAAGGACCUUGUGGUGACUGUCAUGUCUGCAAUGGGAGAGGAGCAGAUCUGUGCCCUUAAGGACAUUGGCCCUAAAAAUUAAACAUGAUGCUGUAGCAGUAGCUAUAGCUGAUGGCAAAUGAAAACUUUUUUUUUUUUAAUGAAACAUAUGGGGAUUUUAUCUGCUGUAUGUGUGCAAUAAAUUUUAUAAGAUGGCAUUCAGCAUAUUAUAAGUUAGAAUUUAGGCCUGUGCUUAAAAUCUUGUCAGCCUCAUGAUUGGUGAAAUAGAAAGAAAAUCUGAGGCUGCUGUUCCCUCAAUGAAUGGCGCUUAAGUUUACAGUAGGAUGGAAUUCAUAUAAAUAUGAGUAAUAAUUAUGGUGUCAAAA